AUUUCAUUCGCCAUUCGAAUAGAAUAUUAACAAACUAAUUACUCUUUUAACCGCUCGCUCGCACAUCAUUUCAACAUUCCGGCCGCCGGAGCCAGUGACCACCGCUUUUUCCCCAGCCGUUACGAUGUCUUCUUCCUCCAUGAAUGUGGCGUCGAUGCAACCGCUGAGCUUCUCUCGCCGGCUCGCUCCCUCCGCUGCUUCUCACGUACUCUCUUCUUCUGUGACCGUUACUGGCUAUUCCCGUAGAAGCUCGCCUUACGCGCCUUCUCUCCGUUCGAUUAAAUGCGUCUCUGCGCCUCCUGAAGCUUCAAUAGUGACUGAUACAAAAAAGCUGGCCGAUGCGUCUAAGAGCACGAACCUUAUACCAAUAUACAGCUGCAUAUUCUCUGAUCAGCUCACUCCCGUUCUUGCGUACCGUUGUUUGGUUAAAGAAGAUGACCGUGAAGCUCCUAGUUUUCUUUUCGAGUCCGUUGAGCCUGGCUCUCAGAUGUCCAGCGUUGGUCGUUAUAGCGUUGUUGGGGCUCAGCCUGCGAUGGAGAUCGUGGCAAAGGAGAAUAAAGUUAUUGUUAUGGAUCACAAGAACGGAAGCAUGAUUGAGGAAUACGUUGAGGAUCCAAUGGAGAUCCCGAGGAAAAUCUCUGAGUCGUGGAACCCUGAUCCUCAACUAGUUCAGGACCUUCCUGAUGCGUUCUGUGGUGGCUGGGUUGGUUUUUUCUCGUACGACACAGUUCGCUACGUCGAAAAAAGGAAACUUCCAUUUUCAAAGGCCCCUGAGGAUGAUAGGAACUUGCCGGACAUGCAUCUUGGUCUAUAUGACGAUGUGAUUGUAUUUGAUCACGUGGAGAAGAAAGCAUAUGUUAUCCACUGGAUUAGACUAGAUGGGAGCGUUCCCUAUGAGAAGGCAUACAGUAAUGGAGUGCAGCAUUUGGAGACAUUGGUGGCUAAGUUACACGAUAUUGAGCCGCCAAAGCUGGCUGCAGGUAACGUGAAUCUUCAGACGCGGCAAUUUGGACCAGCGUUGGAAAACUCAAACGUGACACGCGAAGAGUACAAGGAGGCUGUGGUGAAUGCUAAAGAACACAUACUCGCAGGAGACAUAUUCCAGAUUGUGUUGAGUCAGCGUUUUGAAAGGAGAACAUUUGCUGAUCCCUUUGAAGUUUAUAGAGCUCUAAGAGUUGUGAAUCCAAGUCCAUAUAUGGGUUAUUUGCAGGCUAGAGGAUGCAUAUUGGUAGCAUCAAGUCCAGAAAUUCUCACCAAAGUAAAGCAGAACAAGAUAGUGAAUCGGCCAUUAGCAGGAACCAGCAGGAGAGGGAAAACAGAGGUUGAAGAUAAAAGAUUAGAGAAGGAGUUGCUAGAGAAUGAGAAGCAAUGCGCUGAGCACAUCAUGCUGGUUGAUCUCGGCCGCAACGAUGUUGGAAAGGUUGCUAAAUACGGUUCGGUGAAAGUGGAGAAGCUCAUGAACAUCGAACGUUAUUCCCAUGUUAUGCAUAUAAGCUCCACGGUGACAGGAGAGUUACAAGACGAUUUAUCUUGCUGGGACACACUACGUGCGGCUCUACCAGUGGGAACAGUUAGUGGAGCACCAAAGGUAAAAGCCAUGGAACUAAUCGACGAGCUGGAGCCUACACGGCGUGGACCAUACAGUGGCGGUUUUGGUGGAGUCUCCUUUACUGGUGACAUGGACAUUGCUUUAUCCCUUAGGACAAUUGUUUUCCCGACAGCGAGUCAAUACAAUACGAUGUACUCUUACAAAGAUGCUAACAAACGCCGUGAAUGGGUGGCUUAUCUUCAAGCUGGAGCUGGUGUGGUAGCGGAUAGUGACCCGGAAGACGAGCACCGCGAGUGUCAGAAUAAAGCUGCUGGUCUUGCUCGAGCCAUCGACUUGGCUGAAUCCGCGUUUGUUAAGAAAUGAGUUUGCACACUCGAGAACAGAGGCUUUUCUUGAACUUCGAGUCAUGUAUAUAAUAACAGUUACAAGCAGAACAAGCUUUCUUUUCUUUAUUUUGUUGAAUUUUCA